ACAAUAAUUAAUCACAAAGAUGGAAACCAAAUUGAGAUCACUUUGCUUAAUUACAUUUAUUGUAUUGGCAACAAAUGUCUCAAUUGGAAGUGCUCAAGAUAGCUCUUGUUUAAACAAGCUUGCACCUUGCCUAAACUACCUCAAUGGGACUCAAGACCCACCUCAUAGUUGUUGUGAUCCACUCAAAUCUUUGAUUAAAUCAGAUGCAGCAUGCUUAUGUAGCUUGGCAAGCAAUAGAGGUUCAAGGCAAGCUGAAAAGGCUGGCAUUAAUAUUAAUGAAGCUCAGAAUCUGCCUGGGAGAUGUGGUCAACGUGUUAAUCCAUUGACAUGCCUCACAAAUUCUCAUGGCUCCAAGAACUCAGAUAACAACUCGGCAACAAAGUUGAUAAACAUGUCCUCGCUAGUCAUGGUGAUUUCAGUUACGUUAACUAUUAUACAAAUGUUAUCGGGGUCGACUUAAGCACUCUCAAAAGAUGUUUUGAAGAUGCGUACAAUCAAACAUAGUAUUGCUAGUUGUUACUAUCAAUGCAAUCAUGACCAAUAUUUUAUCGUCUACCUAUUGAAAAGAAAACUUACUUCUUUUUCUUUUUUUGAUACA